UUUCUUGAAAAAUAAAUACUUUUUAUAUUUAUGUAAUUUAGUUUUAUUAUGUUUCUAUGGCUACCAAAAAUAUCGACUUCGAAUCGAUCAAAUAAUUGCACAAGUAAUUUUAAAAAGCUCGUAAAUAAAAUAAUUUAAAUUCUUUAAAAAUUUUUCAAUUAAAAUAAUUAUUAAUUAAUUAUUUAUCAAAAUGAUUAAAAUACAAAUUAACAUUUUAAAAAUAUACAACAAUUAAAUUAAUAUUUUUUAUGCGAUUAUUUAAAUAAAAAACAAGUUUAAAAAAAAAAACAAACAAACUAUGUUUGUAUAAAAAAUUGGGAACAAUUUAAAAUAGCUUUUAGUUAAAAAAAAAAUAUAUAUAUAGAUAUUUUAAUCACUAAAAAAUUCAAAGCCGCCACCAAUUCGCAUUUCUCUGUAUAGUAAAUUGUUGAUAUCAAAGCGCAUGUCUCACCCCGUGUAUCCAAGGGGAUGUGUUUCAUAUAUUUAUUUCCAAAACGUUGCAAUACGGACAAGCAUAUUAAUCACAUAUAAACCAUAUUUUUUUUCCCCUCACUUUUAUUUUAAAUUAUUACUUUUAAUAAGCACAAAACAUUCAAAUUCAUAUUCAUCACUAUCAACAAUUAAAUCCUAAAAUAUAUUUCUAUUAAACAAUUGCAGUAUAAUAAUCAUUUUUUUUUUUUUACACACAGUGUCCUUUGGUAUGUACAACACUGCCAAAGACUAACAUAGUUAUUGAUUACCAAGUUGAGCAUAAAAAAAAAAAAAAAGUUUUUAACAAAGAAAAUUAUUAUAUAUUUAAAAUAUAUUAUUAAACUUUUUAAUAAAUAAUAUUAAUUUAUUAAUAAUCAAGAUGAAGAUAGGAUUAUUGAAGAAUUUUUUGCACUGCUUCAGUUUAAAACAAGGCACAGUUCUCAUUGCAAUUUUACAAUUGUUUAUAUCGGGUAUUAUUAUGACAUUUUUUCUUCUGGCAUUGGCACAUGCCAUGGACAUUCAAGAAAUGGUUGAACGUGAUACUGAAGAUGCACUUGAACGUGAAGCCCUUGAAGAAAUAUCAUCAAUGCAUCUUAAUACUAAAAAAAUGGAUAUUGCUCAUCACAAUGCUACAGAAAAAGUUUAUUCAAUGUAUUGUGGAUUAGUCAUAUCAGUAAUACAUUUUGUUUCUACAAUUUUACUUCUUUAUGGCGUAUUGAUUAAUAACCGUCAUUUUAUGGCACCAUGGAUGAUGAUUAUGAUGACAACAAUUGUCGCUUUAAUUCUCUCACUAUUUCUUGUUCAACAAGAUUGUCCAUUUAUAGCUGUUUUAGGAGGAAAACUCGACAUAAUUGAACGUCUUGUUGUGUUGUUUCUUAUAAACAUGGGAAUUUAUAUUUGGUUUGUCGUAUAUAGUACGUACAAAAGUGCUGAAAAUAAAGGUGUUUUGAUUCACGAAAUUCACAGUGUCAAAAAACCAAAAUUUGCCUUGACACCUGGAGAAGGAACAAGCAAUGGAAAAGUUCGUUUACAUGCCGGAACUCAAAUUCCAUAUGAAGUCUAAAAAUAUAAAAUAUAAAAAAUAUUUAAAAACGUGAUAAAAUUAUUUUCGUCAAUUGAUCCAUAUAAAUUAAUAAAUAACAUGGAUCAAACAAUCAUACGAUAAUUUUUGGUGUCAAAUAAUGAUAUUUAAAAUAUAUAAAAAAAAUAAAUAAAAACAUAAUUUACUUUGCCAAUAUUGACAUUGAUUUACAGACAAAAAAAACGAGCAAAAAAUUAAAUUUUCAAGUAUGAAUAUUACUAUUGCAAAAAAUACUUUGUCCAUUAUUUUUUUACAACAAAAAUUAUCAUUUAAUUUUAACGUAAAUUAAAUAAUUUAAAAUACUUUAUGAUAAUAAUUAAAAAUAUUAAUUUUAUUAUUUAUUUUUUUAAGUAUAUGUUAUUGUUUAUAUUAUUUAAACAAAAUUAAGUAUCAUUUGUUAAUUAAUUUUAUGUAAAAUAAUAAAUAAUUUAUAGCACAAAAAUGAUA